CUCCUACAUGAGCAAGUGUAACUCUUUUUGCAUUAACAGAAAUACAGAAGAGCAUCAGGAAAUUGGAGGUGGGUGGGGAAUGCCUUCCAUGGUUUCUCCGUUGAGUCAUCCAUAGCUCUUUUAUAAAGGACUCCACUCAGAUGACAGAUAAGAAGCACCCAGCCGAAAGACCCAGUCAUGCUCCUGCUGGCAGCGCUCCUCUCCCUCGCCGCUCCUGCGGAUGGCUUUCUCCCGAUGUUUACAACAACGUCGAUCAGCCACAGAGACAUCACGCAACGUGCAGUGCUCCGCAAGACGGCCGAGGUCUGUCGAGCUAUUGCUGCACGAGAGGGAAGAUUCUUCAGCCUGACUAUCGAUGACAACCUGACUGCUGACAAGGUGCUGAUGGCAUGUUCGUCAUCAAAGACAUCUUUUCUUUCCACCAUUAAGUUUCACACAGCUCUGAACUCUGUGGCCUUCAGUAAUGGGGCAGUGGAUCUGAUACAUUAUUUCAAACCAAGCCACCAUGUUACUGAUGAGCAUCUUGAAGAAGGACGUCAGCUCAUCGCAAGAGGUAGCGCUGCAGUGAAGGCUAGCGUGCGGCGUUCAAGCUUUUUCGCUGGACGGCUGACACUUGGUUCAAUCUUACACCCCCUCCAGGACUUCUACAGUCACAGCAACUGGGUGGAGUUAGGGAGGACUUUUCCGUACACAGCGCUGUUCCAACCCGACCGACCUUUGGUCAACCUAGCAGGUCCUUAUGUUCCCACUUGUAAAAGCUGUAUAGGACAGAACUGUGAAGACAAUAUUCUGCCAGAAAUUCUGCAGAAGGGGCUCCUCACUACAGGCUAUUUUGCCUCCUUCUGGCCAAGUAAACCAAGAGGUAAAUGCAGCCACGGUGGUACCUUUGAUCUGUCAAGCUACAGGAGCCCAAGAGGGGGCAUUAACAAGGACUCCAUUGGUGCCAGCCACGGCUCACUUCACUUCAAGGCAGCGGCUCUCGCUGUGGAUGCAACGGCCGAACUUCUGGAGGACAUCAGGAUGUCGGUGGGAGACAGAAACUUCUUACGAUUAAUGGGGAUCUCCCAGGCGUCAGUUCUUUGUUUCGUCAUUGACACCACGGUUAGCAUGGCUGGCGACAUUGCGCAAGUGACAAGAGUGGCCUUUGAUAUGAUUGACCACAGAAGAGGAACUGAACUGGAGCCGCCGGCCUACAUACUGGUUCCCUUCAACGACCCAGGCUUCGGACCUGUACAGACGACGACCGGCGCAGAUGAAUUUAAAGCCAGCAUUAACAGGCUAACUUUCGGAGGAGGAGGGGACAUACCCGAGAUGAGCUUGUCUGGACUGCUGCUGGCUCUGACCGCAGCGCCGCCUUAUUCUGAGAUUUUUGUCUUCACCGACGCUCCAGCCAAAGACGGACACCUGAGAGGCAUCAUCCAGGCGCUGAUAGAGAGCACCAAGUCUACCGUGACUUUCAUGAUGACCCACAGUGGCAGAAGAUGGCGUCGCUCCGUUUCAAGGGCCCGAAAAGACGACCAGCUUUACAGCGACUUGAGUGGUGCUUCUGGUGGUUUGGCCAUUAAUGUGGAAAAGUCGGAGCUUCACAACGCCAUGUCUGUGAUCAUGGACGCAUCAGACAGUGCAGUGGUGACAGUUUUCCAGGUUGAGUGGAGGCCCAGAAAAGCGAGUGGAACCUUCCCGUUUCUCGUCGACGGAUCACUCCAGAACGUAGUUGCGUAUAUCACAGGAAGCCCUUCUCUCACUUUUGAACUCAUCGAUCCCUCAAGAGCAACGCAGACGUCUAGUCAAUCCAGUGGUCCUCUGGGGUCAGUGACAACCACAGGAAACCUCCGCCGUGUCAGCCUCAGGAACCACACAGGGCUGUGGCAAGUCACUGUGAACUCAAAAGACCCGUACUCUGUUAAAGUUACAGGACAGAGCUCAAUAGACUUUAUCUUCAACCUGGUGGAGGCCUUUGAAGGAGCUCAUGGAGACUUCACUCUGAAGGCGGGACGUGCUCUGGCCGGGGGGAACACCACCCUCGCCAUCACAGUGACGGGCGGCGACACAGUCAAAGUGAAGGAGGUCAUGUUGUGGGAAAGUUCGCUCCAAACCAGAGUCGACGGAGAACUGAAGUCCUAUGGAGGUGGGACCUAUUUAGUGGGGUUCACCCGUGUGCCCGCGGGCGACUAUGGUGUUAUUCUUGUUGGGGAAGACAGCACUGGUUCCAUGUUCCACCGAUACGCCUCAACACGACUCAAGACCUCCAGCGUCUCUGUCACCGCAGCAGUAAACGACACCAGCAUCGAACCAGGAUCCACCAUCACCGUCCCUUUCACAGUUGCCACUGUGAGCCACGGGCAGAUCGACACCGACGCAACAGGGACCUUCCUGGUGCAGGCAAACAACGACCAAGACUUUCCUUCCAGUUCACCCGAUUCGCUGGUCAUUGCACCCAGAGGUGGAGGACAAGCCAGCGGCGUGGUAACUUUGACGGCACCAGCCAGCGCUGCCUCGGGCUCAGAUGUGACUCUGACUAUUUUGGUGCAAAAUCGAGCCACCUCAGACGUCAACUCUGCCACGCUGAGGUUCUCCAUCAUUGCAGAGGUACAAGACAUUUACCGGCCGGUGUGUCGGACCAUCAGCACAUCGCAGUGUACCGGCCGCUCACCCUGCUCCUCAUCAACCUGGGCCUUCACCACCAGCAUCACAGACGAAGGUGGCUCCGGCAUCCACACCAUCGAGAUCCAUCAGGGGAACGGGACGCUCAACACAAGCACCGUCACUGGGUCAGAUGGCGAGAAUGUAACAGUUACUUACAGCGCCUCCUGCUGUACGGAGACGGUGGUGUUGGCAGCUGUGGAUGGAGCCGGUAAUGUAGGCACUUGUGUUGGUCAAGCGGUCAGCAACAGAGCUGGACUGGUUUUCUCAGUGGAGCCCUGGAUGAUAUCGAAAUACUUUCUUUGGAGCAGUUUAGUGGUUUCUCUACUCGCGAUCUAAACUUUAGUGCCUAGAUAGAGCUUACUUUAGAUAGAACUGUUUUGGUUGUAGAUGGUUGGCAUUGUGUCGAGUGGAAUACCUGGCACUGACAAAAAUGUUGCCUUCGAAUGUGAGUUUGUGAGAUAAAUCUGUGUUGUUUGGAUCGAUUAUAUUCUCUGAAAAUAAUUGAAAUGAUGAACUUCAAUCAGCAUGAACUUACUCUUCAACUCGGACAACUUGCUGAUCAAAACCAGUCUGGAUAAUCCGCUCGCUUACAACUGCUUGUUCUUAAUUGCAUGGUUUAACCACCACUGUUUCGCACUGUGAAUUUUGCUGUUGCGUGGACUCACAUUAUCAAAUAAACUUGACUGAAGAUUUUGUGCUUCCAUUUUUUUUUUUUUUUUUUACAACAGGCCCAUAUUGAUACCGAGGAAGUUCAGGGGAGGGAAUGCAAGUGUGAUGACAAGAACGACGGACAAAUGACCGGCU